UACUACUCCAAAUCAUUCAUCUUAGAAGCCAGUCUGUCUACUCCUCCUGGAUCUUUACCUCUGUUUGCCCAUAUCAUCUCCAUUGUCAGAUUUUUCAACCAUCUCUAUAGUUUUCUGAUUCCACCUCAAUAUGGCUUCAUCUAAUCAUAUGGAUUCGGACGCACACCAUUAUGAUAUGCUCAAUAGUCUUGAUCUCACCAAGAUCAGUCGCCGUAUACUUGUGAAGGUAGACCAUAUUUAUCCUUGUGUUGGUGACAAAGUUUAUGAGCUUGAUCUCGGUUACCCUAAGCAUGCACGGUCCAUUAACCUUAUGGUAUUUGAUGCUCAGGGUACUCGAAUGGAAGUGUUGAUUAAGGGCCCUGAGAUCCUGGCUCGGUUUAGGAACCGAUUUAAAGUUGAUAAAACUUAUGACAUCACAAACCUAGAAGUGAACCGUGGAGGUCAACCUGUUCAUAGGAAGUAUCACAUUUCAUUGUUGCUGUGUUCUGAAAUAUGUGAACAUUCCUCUAAUUUCCUUGGCCAUAACUUCAAGCUCUGUUUAGUUUAUGACCUCAAGGCAAGUAAUUUCCCUUCUUCCCAUCUAAUCGAUGUUGCUGGUCUUUGUGUGCAUGUUGGAGACCUUAAAUGGGAGAACGUCGAAAUUCAUGAUGGCCUAUUGACAAGGAAGCUGUGGAUAGUUCUACAAGAUAUACAGCGGGACAUGAUUCCUUGUGUCUUACAAAGAGAUUAUGUAGUGGAUGCAUGGACAACAUACCAAGCAUGCAAAGAUCAUAAGAGCCUACUUUAUGUAGUCAUUCGAUAUGCUAUUUUGUUUAGAGGCCUCGGAAGCAAUUGUUUGGAGGAGUUCAAGAAUGCUACCAAAGUCUAUUGGUAUAUCGACCCUCUACACCCUGACCUUGCCGGCAGUGACUUAGCUAUGUGAAGAGAAUUUUAUCUUUAGUCAAGACUUGUGAAGGUUAUUGUUAGAGUUUACUUCUUUUAUGUUUUUCAUCUUUUAUUUUUUUAUUAUCUGGGUGUUUCAUAUGGUUUAGACCAACAUAGUGUCUCCAAUAAGCAUUGUAAUAUUAUUACAUGGUAUAGGCCAUGUUAUAUAUUAAGAGUAGAUAAUCAGUACUUUAGCCAAUGGCUUGACUAUUACCAAUUCACUAUUUCAGAUUUAUACAGUUGCUUAUUGGUUCUA